GGUAUAGAUGCCGUUUCUUGUGAGAUGCCAUCAGAGGCACAUGUCCACUGUUAUACUCAUCGACAAGGUACCCUCACUAUUUCUGUGAAGAAGUUGCCAGAAUUUCUCUUACCUGGUGAAAAGGAAGGAAAGAUUUGGAUGUGGCACAGGUGCUUGAGGUGUCCACGGACUAACGGUUUCCCUCCAGCAACUCGACGAGUAGUUAUGUCUGAUGCAGCUUGGGGCUUGUCCUUCGGGAAGUUUUUGGAGCUCAGUUUUUCAAACCAUGCUGCGGCUAGCAGGGUAGCAAGCUGUGCCAUUCUCUACAUAGAGACUGUCUACGGUUCUAUGGGUAAUCUCUCACACCCAACCUUAUAUAUCCUGUUAUAUUGGUCUUGA